AGCGAGAUGGCGAGGGCCAAGCAGACGCUGGCGACAGGCGGCCGCAAGAAGCCUCCGAAUGCUCCUUCUCCCUCCCCGAAACCCCCCGCAAAGCGACCCCCGCCGCCCUCCCGCCCUCCGGCGCCGUGGAAGAAGCUCCUGCGGCCGCCGAAGAAGCGCUCGGAGCUGCUGCUUCCCUCCGCCGCCAUCCGGGGCCUGCUGCGAGGCGUCUGCGGCCUGCGGGCGAGCGUCGAGGUGCAGGGGGAGGCGGUGGCGGCGCUGCGGGCGGGCUGCGAGGCGCAGCUGCUGGCGCUCUUCGAGGACCUGAGGCUCUGCGCCGGCCACGCCGAGCGAGUCGCCGUCCACGCUGCCGACCUGAGCCUCCUGAGGUGCCUGCGGCUGGGGAGGGGUUGAGUUCUCUGCCCCCCGUCCCCCUCCCCUGCUCCCCGCGGCCCUCAGCCUUCGCCCCAGCGCUGCGGAGGUGGCUCCGGACCUGCCUGAGGCGCGUUGGAAGAGGUGGAUUUUGGGGGUGCUUUUUGGGCUGGAAAAUGCGGGUUUUGGGGGUGCUUAUUUGGAUCAAAAAUGCGGACUUUGGGGGCGCUUAAUUGGGUGGCAAAUGCGGACUUUGGGGGUGCUUAUUUGGGUGGCAAAUGCGGACUUUGGGGGGCGCUUAUUUGGGUUUAAAAUGCGGACUUUGGGGGGCGCUUAUUUGGGUUUAAAAUGCGGACUUUUGGGGGCGCUUAUUUGGGUGGAAAAUGCGGACUUUUGGGGGCGCUUUUUGGGCUGGAAAAUGCGGAUUUUGGGGGCGCUUAUUUGGAUCAAAAAUGUGGAUUUUGGGGGCGCUUAUUUGGAUCAAAAAGGUGGAUUUUGGGGGCGCUUAUUUGGAUCAAAAAGGUGGAUUUUGGGGGCGCUUAUUUGGAUCGAAAAGGUGGAUUUUGGGGGCGCUUAUUUGGAUCGAAAAGGUGGAUUUUGGGGGCGCUUAUUUGGAUCGAAAAGGUGGAUUUUGGGGGCGCUUAUUUGGAUCGAAAAGGUGGAUUUUGGGGGCGCUUAUUUGGAUCGAAAAGGUGGGUU